CAACGCCCUAUUAAUGAUAAUGAACAAGAUGCAAAAGUGCCGACAAAAAUUCCCAUUGAAAACGUGCAAAGUGUGGCUUGUAAGAAUCAUCACCUUAUUUCAUAUGCUUUGGAUCAUUCAUCAAAUUAUUAUAAAUGGGGUAGAUUAAAUAAUAAAGAAUUGGUCCCGCUCAAAAAAUUGGAUGGUCAACUGAAAUCAUUCGCUGCAGCAUCAGCAAUAUCACGUGACUCCAUAAUUACUUUUGGCCUGACAUCAACCAUAUAUUCAUUCGAAUCAAAUGAUCCAAUAUCAUUUAUUGAAUUAUUGAAUAAUCCUGAUAAUUAUGAUAUCGAGUUUGUUAUCGAUAACAAACGUAUAUUGGCUUCAAAGUGUCACCUGAAAAUAUUAUCAAAAUAUUUUAGUCAAAUGUUUUCAGGUGAUUGGCAAGAAAAUAAUAAAGUGAUCAUUGAAGAUUAUAGUUAUGAUGUAUAUUAUUCAUAUCUACGUAUGUUACAUACUGGUAAUAUUCAAAUCAAUCGAUCCAAUAUAUCCGAAUUUAUCGAUCUCGCCAAUUGUUAUAAUGAUGAACAAUUAAUGAAACAUUGUCAAACAUUCAUGCAAAUUGAUCUAAAUGGAUGGACUUUAUUUAAUUAUCUUCCAUUAAUCGAAAAAUAUAAACUUGAUGAAAUGAAUGAUAAACUUGUCGAAUUAACAAUCAAAGAUGUUAUACCGAAAAACAAAAACAAUAUUACAAAAUUUUUGAAAUGGUUUUCCAAACAACAAUCUUCUUGUAAAACAAAAAUGCGAUAA